AUACACACGGGCUUCAUGUACAUCCAAACCACUGUACCAGUUUAAAGUUAUAAAUAGACAGCGGUUGAAUCAGCGAUCGUUCUACCACUCGCUGCAAAAUUUCAUUUACAGGUUGAAGGUAGUUUUCACACAACAAGGAACAUAAAAUGGCCACGUACACACAGGGAACGGUUACGCCACACAACCCCUUCUCGGCGGAGUCGGCGGCCCAGCAACUGCGCAAGGCCAUGAAGGGUCUCGGGACGGAUGAGAAGGCGAUCAUCGAUGUCUUGGCGUCCCAUACCAAUCAUCAGCGUUUGGAAAUCGCGCUCUCUUUCAAAACUCAGUUUGGCAAGGACCUGCGAGAUGAGUUGAAGUCCGAGAUAAGCGGUAACUUUUUGAACCUUUGUCUGGCCCUUCUGGAGAUCCCUGUCAACUACGAUGCCAAGGAGAUUAAAAAUGCGAUUAAGGGCGCGGGCACGGACGAGGGAGCGCUGAUAGAAAUCCUAAGUUCAAGGUCGAAUGCGCAGAUCAUGUCCAUCAAGACGACUUACAAAACACUGUUCAAGAGCGACAUUGAAAAAGACAUAAUGAGCGACACAAGCGGACAUUUCAAGCGCUUCUUGGUCUCUCAGCUGGCUGCGGGCCGCAUGGAAGACGUUACCGUUGACGGAGCUUUAGCCGACCGGGAGGCCAAAGAACUAUUUGAAGCUGGUGCAAAUAAAGUGGGCACGGACGAGUCCUGUUUCAACCGUAUCCUGUCGUUACGGAGUUACCCGCAGCUGUUGGCCACGUUCAACGCCUACCGUAAGAACCACGGCAAGGAGAUCGACGACGCCAUCAAGACCGAGACGAGCGGAUAUCUUGAGGACGGAUACCUUUCCGUCGUAAAACUUGCACGGAACGUUCCUGCCUAUUUUGCGGAGCGCCUGCACAAUUGCAUGAAGGGGGCAGGGACCAAAGAAAGCACCUUGAAUAGAGUUAUCGUAACUAGAAGCGAGAUUGAUAUGGUGCAGAUUAAGUCGGAGUUUCAGCGAAUGUAUGGAAAAUCUCUGGCCAGCUUCAUCAAGGGAGACACGGGCGGAGACUAUGAGAGGUUGCUGCUGGCUCUCAUUAAGGAGAAAUAGAGAAGAGGUGGCUUUAGAAGUUGCUCCUAACUCUAAUUUAGGGUGCAUAGCCUAAGGAAUAUAGCAUUGGCUACUUGAGCCCAGGCUUUAUUUUGGUUUGGGUUAAAGUGUUUCUAUUCUUUAUAAUGUUUAUAAUAUAGUGCAAUUAACAAUUGAACUGUAGUAGUGUUAGUCAAUGUUAUGCCAUGCUAAUCAAUUGGUAGUAAUGUAAAUAAAUAUUUAAUUUAUACAAUUAAACUUUUUACAUGGAUAACCUGUCCAUUAAAAAUGACGUAACAAGAAAAAAUUGGAACAUUAUCAUGAUUGUGACCAUACCUUAAAUGAACGAUUAUGUUAACAUGAUAUUAUACAUUAUGAAACAAACAACUAUAACUUCAAAGAAUUAUCGGAGUUUAUUAGGUUUUUCAAAUUAUUAUUGUCAUUUUUUAUACAUGUCCUUCUGCAUUUAUGUUUUUUCAUACUCGUUUUAGUUUAUAUUUUUACUAUUGUUAUAAUUGUUACAUUUGAAUAUUAAUGUGAGUUAUGUAAAAAGAAUACAAAUCAUUAUGAUGGUUUGUUAAAACAAAUAAUAUCGGCGUUGAAAUAAAAAAAACUUAAAUCAAAUAAUCCUUUACAUAGUUGAUCGCACAUAAGUUAGAUUCUGCCAGUUAUAUAGAACGCUUUAGAAAAUCUGCUUUGCUAUGUUAUCAUAUUAUCAUGCUGACUUUUCUGUAACUGGUUUCGCAUUAUAAAUAAACUUCUUUCCUAAUGAA